AUGGUGUGGUGGCAUGUAUUUCUCUCCUUCGGUGUUGCAGGGGCGUUCUACGUGCUUUGGUUGGCUCUGCAGCGGCUAUGGCUCUCACCGAUUGCUCACUUCCCGGGACCUAAACUGGCUGCUCUUACAAUGUGGUAUGAGUUCUACUAUGGUUCAUUCCUAGAGGGUCAAUAUACUUUUCGGAUCGCCGAGAUGCAUCGCAAAUAUGGCCCAAUCGUGCGAAUCAGCCCUUACGAGCUACACAUUGACGAUGCUGAAUAUUAUGAAACGCUGUAUUCUCGAGAUGCCCCGCGAGAUAAGUCACUACAUCUGACUGGGAUGUUUGGAGCACCGGCUUCCGCAUUUGGUACAGUUGAUCAUCGACGCCAUCGGAUACGGCGUCAACCGAUGAACCCUUUCUUCUCCCAACAGCGAAUCCGACAACUGGAGCCAAUGCUUCGAGACAUGGUUGACAAACUGUGCGAUGGAUUGCGCGCCUGGAAGGAUAGACACACUCCGCUACAUAUACGUGGUCGUGGAAUACACCAUGGGACACUCAUCUCACUAUCUUGA